CCUCGUUCCCACGUCAGGUAAACUCUGGACCAUGUUGAUCACUGUGAACUGCGUCGUUUCUGUUGGGUAUGUGUGUCUUCUUACAUUUUAAUUAAAGCCUGUCGACUCCUGAAAACCUUCCAAAAACCCGCAUGGCGUGUUGCGAUAAAUCCGAGACGGACCUGUGGACUAUCCCUCUCAUUGCGCUCAACGUGAGUGUGAGGAAAAAGUUGGAGUUGUAUCUAAACCCCAGAAACAUGGUGGCGGCUGACUGGAUGGUUGUUGCAGAGACGAUGGGCUUCAACUACCUGGAAAUCCAGAACUACGAAGCGACCAAUAACCCCACAAGGAAGGUCCUGGAGGGCUGGCAGGCGCGCAGCACGGACGCGUCGGUGGGGAAGCUGCUGUCGGUGCUGACGGAGGUGGAGAGGAAAGACAUUGUGGAGGAUCUUCGGCCUUUGAUUGAUGAGGAUGUCAGGAAGUAUUGUGAGAGUCUGAAGAAGAAGUCCGAGCCUCCAGUUCAGGUUAAUGACAUUGACAGCUGUGUCCCCCGAGACAGGGUUGGUCUCACCCUGGAGGAUGACCCUGAUGGUGCCCCCGAGCUCUUUGAUGCCUUCAUCUGCUACUGCCAGAGUGACUUCGAGUUUGUCCAUGAGAUGAUCCGGCAGUUGGAACAGACGGACUACAAGCUGAAGCUGUGCGUGUUUGACAGAGAUGUCCUCCCGGGUUCCUGUGUAUGGACCAUCACUAGUGAACUCAUUGAGAGGAGGUGUAAGAGGAUGGUGGUGGUGAUUUCAGAUGAAUACCUUGACAGUGAUGCCUGCGACUUUCAGACCAAGUUUGCUCUCAGCCUCUGUCCUGGAGCUCGUAAUAAACGCCUCAUUCCAGUGAUAUACAAGUCAAUGGCAAAGCCGUUCCCCAGCAUCUUACGCUUCCUCACCAUAUGCGACUACACCCGGCCUUGCACACAGGCCUGGUUCUGGGUUCGGCUGGCCAAAGCUCUCUCACAGCCAUAAUCAUGGACCGGGUAUUAAACAUGUAUUUAAAUGUGCCUUUUUAUUCCCUCAAUGGGAAUAUUGGACAUUGCCCAAACAUUACAGGUUCAAGUGUACGGUAUAUAUUAUAAUGUUACUAUUUGUGUUUCACGUUGUGAUUUCUGAGUGGUAUCAUUUCGACACUCAAGCUGCAACAAGGACACCAAAUAUGAGCACUGUUCUCUCUGCACAAAGCCAUUAUUAUGUUACUAAAAUUUCAAGAAUAACAUAGAUUGUGUCUUUUGUAUAUAUGUAAGUGAUAUCGGAGAAGGCAAUCUUUGGUAUCGUACAGUAUUUGGGGCAGCGUGUACUAAAUUAUCUGUAAAAGCUGUUUUUUUGUGGGGGUUUUGCACUGGCCACUUCCUCUUGUGUGUCAACUUCUAGAUACGUUUGAAGCUAAAAGAGGAAGAGAUAUUGUGAUUGUGACUUCCAGUUCCGUGUGCUCAGUUUUACUGACUGCUGACACCUGCUUUCACUCUCACUUUCUCUGUCACAUUUGAUUUUAGCAGUUUUGAUUAAAAGCAGUUUCACAAGAUGUGGAUAUAUUGUAUUUUAUAUCUGAAUGUGCAUUCCUCAAAAUAAAUGUACAUGUUCAGUU